AUGGCGUUCUCUCUCCAGCGAAUCACUCUUGCGGCGGCUAUACUUCUACUUUGCACCACUUCAUCCGCCGCACCUCAGGCUUCAAGCAAUGCGCAAUUCUACCACCGUGAUAGAUAUGAGCGCGACACAACAAACUCCAACGGGACCUCCUCGACAGCUGGUAGCAAUACGUCAAACGGGACAACUUUUCUCGAACCCGUCAUUCCUCCACAAGUCGAUGAUUCCGUGCUGCUCAAUCUAGCCCCCACUACGUCGGUUUCGUUAGCAUGGGCAGGGGCUGGCGCCGAUUCCACCCCUGGAUCUACGCAGAAGCGUGUCAUGAAGCGCGAUGGAGCUCUUCUCGCGACCGCUGAUCUGGGGUUCAAAUGGCCAGCAAUCACUUUGGAUCACUCUGCCUACGUGUCUGGUGUUUCAUGCUCAAAUGGCGUACUCACGGGUACUCUGACCAGCCAGGCAUACAGCUAUGCUAAGAAGAAGUGGCCCACGCACAGCGACCUCGUUUUCAUCACCGCUGCGGACACUUGUGGCCCAGACAAUGCCAAUGUCUACUUUCACGCUACUUCGCUAUCGUUCGCGGAUCCUGGUCUCUCAUUCACAGCUCCAGGAAUACCAGCUGUCAACAUUACAGAUGUGACGAUCUCUAUGGUCCUUCAGUGGGGCGACAUUGGCACUCACAAUUUGAGACGUUCACUCACGAAGAGAGCAUUGUUUAUACCGCAUGGACUACAGAGGCGCAUUGAUUGGGGCCCUGUCUCGAGCACCAUCGAGUGGAGCAAGUAUCUCAACAACGACGAGUAUCUAGGCACCGAUGAGAACGCGCCCUGGGAUAAUGCCGCAAAGCUUUUCUCGUGGAGCAAGAGCGAGAACGGUGCAAAGCCUGACGACUCGUACAAGAAGGGAGAAGUUGCCAGCGCGACAGGCCAUCACAAACGAUCAAACGAGACGUCGCUCAUGACACGCGGCGAGUCAGAAAAGAAUUUUGAUUAUGGCGUCGGGCUAUACUGCGUUGAAUGUGGCUUUGGCGGCUCACUUACGGCGUGGGGCUUUAUACGAACUUCAUACUUUACUGUUGUGGAAGCAAAGAUUGGUCUAAAUGGACACAUGGAGCUUGGACUAUAUCUGGGCCUCAAUGCGUUUGUCACCUACGAGAACAAAUGGACUUCGGAUCAGAAGAAAUUCUAUCUUGUCGAGUGGGGUAUUGAGGGCUUAGCAACUGUUGGACCUUUCAUCGGCGUACAAUUGCAAGCCUCUUUUGGAGUCGAAGCCAGCGGCCAGCUCUUGGUCGGCGCUGGUGCUGAAUGGCCGAACAUCGACAUUACACUCGAUCUCAAGAAUCCAAGUGAUAGUAGUGCCACUGGUUUGGCGCCUAAUUUUCUUCACAAAGCAGAGGCGCAAGGCGAGCUUGAGAUCACAGCAGGCCUGGGCUUGCCGGUCGAAUUGGGCAUCGGUUUGAAGCUCAUUGGAGGGUAUGCCUUUGAGGCCACGGCUGGCAUUGUGGACACACCAUCUAUCAAUUUCGAAGGAACGUUUGAGAUCUCUGCUUCGGUGCUCGACAACGGCACAAUCGAGCAUGAUAUCAAUGGAGGAUGCUAUGGUAUCGCGUGGAACGUCUUCUUCCAGAAUGACAUCGACUUCCGUCUUACAGCUACAGGUUUCGACAAUUAUGAGACCCCGCUCGUGGAUCCUUACAAGAGUGCGCCAAUUGCAGAAGGCUGCAUUGGGUAUGUCAAGACUGGUACAGACAACAGUAUUGCAGAUGGUGACCCAGAAGGCUCUGGGGCGGACAGCGGCAUGACUGGCAACGGCAUGAAUGACUCCGAAGGCAAUGGUAUGUCUGGCGGAGACAGCGAAAUUGGCGAUGACGGGGACAGCGGUGUAGGAGAGAUCGACGACGACGAUCUCGCUCAAUCAACAACGACCAGUGCAGGAGGCAAGGGGGUCGCUGCUACCACAACCAAAGCCGCGAGCAAUACGACAAAGAGGACUACAACGAUGACUACUACUACAAAGAAGAUCACAACCACGACGAAGGUGGUGACCACAACGAAGAAAGCUGCUCAAACAACCAAGAAAGCUACUACCAAAAAGGCCGGAGCAACGACGAAGAAAGCCGCCACCACAACCAAGAAAGUUGCAGCAGUAACAACCAAACGGUCAACAACCACUACCAAGAAAGCCUCGUUGACAACUUCCAACGCGCCAACUUGCACAUCCGGCAAAGCAGUCCUGAAGUCCAACCCCAACCCAGCCUUCAUAUGCGGUAAGAAGACCGGCACCGCCUACAGCAACUUCCUCGUCGGCAAACCCACCAAAGGAAUGUGGAAAUCUCUUCAGCAGUGCGCUGAUUAUUGCAUACCGCAAGCCACUUGCAUGAGCUUUAGCUGGAGUCCCAGCACGAAUCUGUGCACACGGUACUCGCUCUCGUCUGUGCAGAUGAGCUUGAAAGGAACGAGCACUACUGCGCCGUCGGAUGCAACGUUCUAUGAUCGGACGUGUUAUGGGACGAGUUGUUGA